AGAGAGAGAUGCCAUAUUGCCGGAGUGCAGAGCGAGGAGAGAGGUUGUAGCAGAGCUCACCUCCCGGGGACCAGCAGCAGCCACACACCCUCCUCUCUCCCACACACACACACACACAGUACCACUGAGCCACAGCUCCACACAGUGAUGGCUGCAGUAGUCGAAAUGAAAUCUCCGCAGAGCGAAGACCUACGAAACUUGAACCUUGCUGGCCAUGUCGGAUUUGAUAGUCUCCCAGAUCAGCUGGUCAACAAGUCAACAACUCAAGGGUUUUGCUUCAACAUUCUGUGUGUGGGUGAAACUGGUAUUGGUAAAUCGACAUUAAUGGACACGUUAUUCAAUACUAAGUUUGAAAACGAGCAGGCAUCUCACAACGAACCAGGCGUUCGGUUAAAAUCGCACAGCUACGAGCUACAGGAAAGCAAUGUUCGUCUAAAGCUCACUAUCGUAGAUACAGUGGGGUUUGGCGACCAGAUUAACAAGGAAGAUAGUUACAAGCCUAUAGUUGAAUACAUUGAUGCACAGUUUGAAGCCUAUCUACAGGAAGAAUUGAAAAUCAAGCGUUCCCUCUACAAUUACCACGACACCAGAAUUCAUACCUGCCUGUACUUCAUUGCACCCACAGGACACUCGCUGAAAUCUCUUGAUCUUGUUACCAUGAAAAANCUGGAUAGCAAGGUGAAUAUAAUUCCCAUUAUUGCCAAAGCAGACACGAUCUCCAAGAGCGAGCUGCAUAAGUUCAAGAUCAAAAUCAUGAGCGAGUUGGUCAGUAAUGGUGUGCAGAUUUACCAGUUCCCAACAGAUGACGAAACUGUUGCAGAGAUCAACUCAACAAUGAAUGGACAUCUCCCAUUUGCUGUUGUUGGAAGCACUGAAGAAAUCAAGAUUGGGAAUAAAAUGGCAAAAGCUCGGCAAUAUCCCUGGGGAAUUGUGCAAGUGGAAAAUGAAAAUCACUGCGAUUUUGUGAAAUUGCGAGAAAUGCUGAUCCGAGUGAAUAUGGAGGACCUGAGGGAGCAGACACACACACGCCACUACGAGCUAUACAGACGGUGUAAGCUGGAGGAGAUGGGAUUCAAGGACACCGACCCCGACAGCAAACCUUUUAGUCUGCAGGAAACCUACGAGGCAAAGAGAAGUGAAUUCAUGGGUGAGCUUCAGAAAAAGGAGGAGGAGAUGAGACAGAUGUUUGUCCUGAGGGUCAAAGUGAAGGAAGCUCAGCUAAAAGAGGCUGAGAAAGAGCUCCAUGAGAAGUUUGAUCACCUGAAGAAGACUCACCAGGACGAGAAGAAGAAGGUGGACGAUAAGAAGAAGGACCUGGAGGAGGAAUUGAACGCGUUCAACAAGAAGAAAGCAGCCGCUCAGCUGCUUCAGUCACAGGCUCAGCAAGCGGCCUCCCAGACCAGCAAGAAGGACAAGGAUAAGAAAAAUGCGAGCUUCACAUAAGCAAAGCUGACAAGCCAAGGAUGUCGCCCCCACUCAUUCAUCUGCUUAGCUGUAAAGUGUCUGCAUUAAGAAUGCCCAUCUUUUUGUUAAAACAUGUAGAGAACAGUUAGCUUGUCACUUAAUGCAGGGACAUUCUUUCAAAUGCAUUCCGUGAUCUGGAGGGAGGAGGGAAGGACCAAGCUGGUACUGUAUGUGUCAGGUGGCUGUGCGGGGGAAACGGAUGAAGACUGAAGCUGUAGCUUUGAGAACAGCAGCAAUAGCCAGCAAAUAACAGAACUUUAUUACUCUUCAACAGGAGGGUGAUGCAGAACAUCCUUCAUUCAGGAAGUUGAUGCAUAUUAUUAGCCAUCUCCCAACUAACUUCUUAUUUGGGUAUCUUAAAAGAAUUGAAAUUUAACUGAGCAAAUUUCAGUCUACCUUGUUUAAAUAUAGUACAUAAUGUACAAUUUAAUGCCUCAACAUCAAAUCUUUCCUCCCAAUAUCACUGUCUCAAGAAGCCAUCUUUUUUAGGAAAGGUAACGAUCAUAUUGUUCUUGUUGUACAUGAAUCCAUUGGCAUUUCCCAAUUGCACAAGGUGAAUCUGAUUGCUAUUGGUACUAAUGAGGUGCUUCAAGCAGGUGAAAUUUGUGAUGAUAUUGUGCCCCUCUUUUAAUGUAUUAACUAUCCAAAUCAAAGAAGUUCUUUAACUUUCUUUUGUGCCAUUCUCCCUUGGAUAGAUUCUCCUUCUGAUGAUAUUGCUAUGUGGCUGCUGUUGGAUUUGCCACUAUUACUGCUGCUGAUCUCUCCGCUCUCUUCCUCUGGCUUGGUAGAUUUUCUUCCUUAUUUCAGACUCACUGACCCAUAAUGGGGUGGGGAAUGCCAGCGACUGCAGCAUUGUUUCAAAGCUUCACACUUUUCAGCGUCAGACUUCAGUUUUGCUUGCCAAACAUGGCCCUGGGAGAGGAGAGAUGCCAUCAGUGUCCACCUUAAAAUGUUGCAUGAACAGACUUUUAAUGUCGACUGGCUGUCUGCCUUUUUUGAAAAAAAACUGUCGGUCAAAAACUUUGCACAUUAAAACUCAAAAUGAAAAUGUAUUACUUUGGAAACAAGUGUUAACUUAAGUACAACCCUUUAAUCAGUAUGAAUAUAGUAUUAAUUUGUAUAAGUAACCUUUUUUUUGGAGGGGGGGGAUAUGAAAUGGAUAUGAAAAGCCCUGCUUGAAAUUCAUAAUUUUUAUAGGGGGUUGUAAAUGCAGUGCAAUAUUAGAAUUUUCUUUCAUAUCUGAAUAUUGAGACAAACCUUGCAGUUUUACUGUAUCAUUGAAAGACAACAGUAUGCAGGGACUGGAUUGCUCAGUGUCUCUGCAUUUAGAGCUUUGGAGUUCCACACAGAAGGUUUUUUCAUUUCAUAAGCGUCAUUUAUCCUCUCUUCACCUUGCCUCAAUUGGCGAGCUCUCAGCUGGGCCGCUAGGUCAAGCUUGGCCUGUGGGUAAGAAGAGUACUGGAGCCAUCUGUGCCUCAGAGAGGAGUAAAACUCGGGUAACUAAUAAAUAAUACCAGCUUCAGCACCCUUUCCCCCCAGGCUAGCAACACGAUUUGAGGAAUCUAAGUGAAGUUUGAGCUCUAAGGGUUUAAAAAUGACAAUUUGUUGUUUAAUAAAGCAAUGAGUUGUAGUGAGCAAAGUUUAAAAAGUAUUGCACUAGAUUGACCUUGACGACAGGCUAAUCAAAAAGAUGGUGCUUUUUAGUCGCAUCCCUUUCCUGGGCCAUGUUUAGCCAAUGACCUCAGCGGCAAUUCCAUUUUUGUUUUUGUAUUUCUUCUACCUUGUUUUCACAGCAAUCCUUGGCUCUGCACGGAAUAACUAAUAUCCCACCAAUCUAACUGGAUUGUGCUUUCACCUAUGCAUGUAAGUAUUGCAGUUGGAAUUCUUUAUUCUCUCAGCAGUUCUGGGUGAACUUAUAGAGCAACCCAUUGGUAUCCUGUGGCUCUCAUCUCUUUUCUACCAUGAUUUCCUCGAAAUAAAGUGCCUCAGAGCUUUAAGGGAAAUCCAGUUUGAUUUCACCACUGCAAAGUACCGCUUCUGCACCCCUAUCCUGCUUUGCUUUGUGCCUCUGUCAAAGUAGUUUGCACAUCACAACCUGCCACUUUUGUUUGUAUUCACUGUUUGUAUUCACUGUACUCCCAUCACAAUAUAAAUAAAAACUCAAAAUUUUUUAAGACCAUUUUUAAGACAGUUUCUGUGAACUGCAGACUCCUGAGUGAACUUGUUUCUGAAUCUCACUCUUGUAAUAAUCUUGUAAUAUCCUCAGGUGCACCGGUGCAUACAUGGGUUAUUUGGGCUUUUGGUCUGUUUUUACUUUGACCAAGUCAUUUCAUAUUGGUUACAUUGAGUCAUUUCCUGAAAGCUGGUGAAUGCGUGUAUACCAAUGAUCUUUCUAUAUCCUUUCUUUUAAUGCUUGCUUUUUAUUUGAAUUUCAUGGGAUGGAAUUGGUAACUUCUGAACUAAUGCACUAAAACUUGUAUGCAUUAGUUAAUUGUCUUAUUAGGAAAGUUUGUUACAGUUGUCAUUGAAGUAAAUGACUUUUAUAGUGAAUAUAGUAUACUGUAACCUAUUUCUAUAUAUAAUGCACACACUUGAAUUUUCUGAAUCACAUCGAAAUAAUAUAAUGGUCAGCACUAAGAAAUGCAUUUUACCCAGAUAACUGUUUUGCAUUACCUGUGAUGUGUGUUUGUUAAUGCCUCUGUUCUGCUUUAAUUGUUACAAAAAUGAGGUAACUGCAUGUGACAUCAAUAGACAGACUUAAAACCCUGCACCACUUGUAUUGAAGCUACAGCCUGCACAUCCUGAGUGCAUUCCAAGAUGAUCAUUUUUUCCAGUGUUGAGAUUUUGUUUUACUGAACAGGAUUUCAUCCCCCACCCCUCACCCAAUCACGCACAUUGCUUUGUCAUACACUUGGCUGACUAGACUUGCUUGCAAGAAGUGAUUUGAUGUUCUGUGAGGCUGUAUGUUUGUGGAUGGCAAAGCUAGGAUUACUGAACCCUAAUUGAAGGUACAAAGUUGGUACUUGUGGAGGGAAUAAAUGGGGUGGGGUGUGGAGAUACUGCCAUACAGUAGCAGUGUGGGACAUAACAAGGAUGUUCUAAGAAAUGCUAGAAUUGAGAAUUGUAAAAACUUGCUGUGGAGGAAUGCAAUUUCUAAGGAUUAUUAUUAUUAUGAAACUUCAAUCAAGCUGUUUAACAAGUGUUUUUACUCCUAAAGUGUAUUUAGUCAUUUAUUGGAUUCUGCUCCAUUUUCCUUCCCUCCCUCUGACCUGCUGUGUAUAUAACUGAUUCUCUUUCUUUAACUUUCUCCUGUAGCUUCUUUAUCUAAUUGUCCUGCUGCCCGACCUUCUCUGCUGGAUAAGAUUGCUAAAAGUAUUGGAAGAGCUACAAUAUAUUUGCAUAUCUUGCAGAAGAUCUCUGUUGUGUCAUCACGUUACCUCUGCUCCUCCGUCACAUUUCUUGUGUUGCUGUAGCAUCUUAGAUAUGUGGCCCUUCUAUUGCUGUCACGUGUAGAAGAAUACCAAACAAAAUGUCCACUUUCAACACAUGAGAGAGAUCAGGCAAUUUAUAGUGCAGUUGACCAUCUCUUGCUUUUAAUGCUUUUUCAUCGGUCAUAUUGUACCGUCAUAUCUUGCAGUCAAGAUUAUUGAUAAAUUCUCUCUGCUGGUUCCUGCUGUCCUUGAUUAAUUCUCCCACUUUCCCAAUGGAUCAACUUCAAGAUCUGAUUUGAAGACUUCAAAUGCUUCCACAUCUGUGUCCCAUCCUCUACCUCUAACAUUUUUUUCAGCUCCACACCCUCUACAAACUCUGAGCUGCUGCACUUCCCUUACCCUCUAUUGGAAGUCGAACUUUCAGCUUCUGAACCCCUACUUUCUGGCACUCUUCCCUAAAGUCUCUUUACUUCACUCUCCCUUGCUACUUUCAAAUCCCUUCGAAAACCUACCUCUUUGACGCUGAAUCCCAUCAAUUAUUUCUUUCCUUACACCAUCCCACCUUGCUUGGGUUUUCACUCUGCCUCUGAAAAGAUUUGAGAUAUUAAUCCACAUGAAAAGCCCUAUCGGAGUGCAAGCUGCUGUUCUUGUUGCAAAUAGUUGCAGUCUUUAAUAACUGCACGAUUUAAACCUUUCUUCCCACCCCCAAAAUGCACAGGUGCACACAACACACAUGCAGGCCAAACCCUGAACUAAUGUAGAUUUUCGAUCACAGCCCAGCACCCUCUACAAGCAGUCCGAAAUGCUACCCUGUGUGAAGGGCGCUUUAUAAAUGCAAAUUGUUGUUGUACACAGGCACCCCUUCACAAAGGUAACGUUGCAUUAAAAAGAACACCUCAUAAAUAUUACCAGUGUUACAGAUGGGAGCAAAAAUUAUAAUGGAAGGAAAGCUCGGCUUUUUUUUAAUCUCUGCAUGCAAGCUUUACUGUUACAGCAGUGUGGACACCAAUGAAGAGCUGAUUUUGUGGAAGGCAUCACCAGUCUCUGCAUUUUCUACGUGUUGUAAAUCAGUUUCCAGUGUCAACAACUGUUGUUGCUUUCUCUGAGUUCGCAAUGAUCUGUCUUUGAAAAACAUUCUGCAGUAAGAAUGUAAGGGAAGAAAUACUGAGAGUUUGAAUGGCUGCUGAACUAUAAACUCAGAAUGACUGUGGAGAUUCUCCUACUGCAGAGGUCAGCAGAGACCCGUGGGUGGGAAAGGCGCACAGUACUGCUUAGCUAGUCUAAAUGUAAUCGCAUCACAAUCUUCAAAUGUGAAAUGUUGUGCUCCAGUGCGCAGUGAUUUACAACAGGAUUCCAUCAUUUGAAAAAUUCAAAGUGCAGUGUUUUGACCCUGCAGAACUCCUUUCUGAUGCAGAGGUGGUGUUUCCAGUGUGUUCUACAGUAGUUAAUUAAGUGGCAUACUUAGUUGGUUACUGGAAAGACUCACAACUUGGAUUCCUUAGAUAGGAACAAAAUGUUCCUGACUCAGUAUACUUCCAUUUUCCUUAAUUAAGAAAUCCUGUUAGAAAUCAUCACCUUAUGAACCAUGUUUGUGACCCAGAAGAGCAUGUCCUCUAUCAGACCAUAUAUUUGACGUAGCGUUUUGAAGAAUGUGAAAAGUGAAGUUUUACAAGGAAAUAAAUUGAUUUUAAAACA